AAAUAAUAGCAAGCACCAACUCAUCAUCCUAACCCAAUUAUCUGCGGCAAUCAAAUCGUGGGUAACUGUUACUUCUGUUGUUGUUGUGUACUUGUGUUUCUGUCCAUAAUCUCCAACCUUUUCACCCUAACAUAAUCUCUUCACUGUACUUACUGUGUCUUGUCUGUAAAUUACAGCCAAUCUCAUAUCAUUUUUUGUAGCUCAACACAAUCCCAUGUUUGAUACUUUGUUAAGGUUUGAAAUGUAGGAAGAUGAUGAAUAUUUGAUGUCCCAGCUGGUGUAUGGAAGGUGUGCAAGGUUCUCACCAGGCAGUUUCUAUAUAAUUUCAUUUGUACUGAUGCAGAUAUAUAGUCACUGUAUAAAUCUGGGGCUAAACUUAAAAAUUUGUAAAAGCCAAUGGCCAGACCACAAUUUCCUCUUCAGUCCAAGGUUAAUCAACCUGCCUCUUCAAGAUUUACUUUUGAAGGGUUAGAGAGGACAAACAAUCCUGGGCCUGGUUUUCCUGGCCUGAAAAAGAGAGGUCAGCAUCAUGGGAAUCGUUCUUGGAUAAGAAUUGAUCAUAGUGGGGAAUCUACAGUUUUGGAACUAGAUAAGGCUACUAUAAUGAGGCGUUGCUCUCUGCCCGGAAGAGAUCUUCGUCUUCUGGAUCCUCUAUUUAUAUAUCCUUCCACAAUAUUGGGACGAGAGAAGGCUAUUGUCAUUAGUCUUGAAUCAAUUAGAUGUGUAAUUACUGCUGAUGAGGUGUUCCUAAUGAAUUCUUUGGAGGCAUGUGUAGUUCAGUAUAAGUCGGAACUCUGCAAACGUCUUCAGACAAGUAGAGAACAAUCUGAUGAUCUGCCUUUUGAAUUCAAGGCACUAGAGCUGGCACUGGAAAUAACAUGCAUGUCCCUUGAUGCUCAGGUAAAAGAAUUGGAUAUGGAGAUAUAUCCAGUGCUUGAUGAACUGGCAUCAUCCAUUAGUACUCUUAAUCUAGAACGUGUUCGUAGGUUCAAAGGCCAUCUGCUUGCCUUGACACAGAGAGUGCAAAAGGUCUGUGAUGAAAUAGAGCAUUUGAUGGAUGAUGACGGUGAUAUGGCUGAAAUGUACUUGACGGAGAAGAAGGAAAGAAGGGACUCUUAUAAUGAGGAUAUAUAUGAUCCAUCCAAUAUACUUGGAGGCACUGAGAUAAUGUCAAAAUCUGCACCUGUUUCACCUGUGGCAUCAGUCAGUGGAACCCAGAAGUUGCAAAGAGCUUUGAGUAGUAUGAGUUCAAGCAAGCAUGGAAGUUUGACCGACUCAUCCAGUGGUGGUGAAAACAUUGAUCAGCUUGAGAUGUUGCUUGAAGCAUAUUUCGUGUUCAGCGACAAUACUCUCAACAAGUUGUUAUCGCUUAAAGAAUAUAUUGAUGAUACCGAAGAUCUGAUCAAUAUCAAACUUGGAAAUAUCCAGAACCAGCUCAUAAAAUUCGAGUUGCUUCUGACAGCAGCCACCUUUGUGACUACCAUCUUUGCUGUCAUCACUGGGAUCUUCGGCAUGAACUUUGAAACAUCAGUUUUCGACAUAGCAUCAAGAUUCAACUGGGUUUUAAUCAUAACCGGAGUAUCAUGUGUGGCGAUUUACAUCUGUUUCUUGCUUUAUUUUAGGCACAAGAAAAUCUUUCCUUUGUAGAUCUGGUGAUCAAUUGUUACCAUCGACAUUUGCAGUCACUAUAUGGAAAACGUGUUCUGUCUCGUCUUCA